UCCCCGCAGUCCCCAGGCCGAGUUCCCUGCUGUCGCUGUCCCCACCCCCAGCUCGGCGCCGCCGCUUGGUCCCGGGCGGGCGCGCGGAGGAAGGCGAGGCCGCGGCGGGUCAUGCCCAAGGUGUAGGCGAGGCGGAGGCAUGGCUGCCGGAAGGUUGCUGCUCUACACGGGCCUUUCGCUAGCGCUCUGCGCCCUCGGCAUGCUGGCCGUAGCCAUCUGCUCGGACCACUGGUACGAGACGGACGCCAGGAAGCACAGGGACAGGUGCAAGGCCUUCAACACCCGCCGGGUGGACCCCGGCUUCAUUUACAACAACAACAACAACUUGCCGCUCCGGGCCAGCCGCUCGCGACUGGACCGCUGGGAGGGCAAACUCCUCCGAGCCCGGAAUCGCCGGCAGCUCUUCGCCUUGAGCCCGGCGGACGAGUGCAGCCGGCAGUACAACUCCACCAACAUGGGCCUCUGGAGGAAAUGCCAUCGGCAGGGCUUCGAUCCCGAGAUCGCCGCCCUCAUUCGGAAAGGAGAAAUCGAGCGAUGCACGUACAUCAAGUACCACUACUCCUCAGCAACCAUCCCCAGGAACCUCACAUUCAACAUCACGAAGACCAUCCGUCAGGACGAGUGGCAUGCCCUGCGUGAGUGGUCCAUAGAGCUGGUGCCAGCUGUGGUUGUAGAUUCUGUCAAUUUUAUGUCGCCAAGUAAGAAGGACCGGAGCUGA